UUCCACCCCGUUUAAUUACGCUUCCGCGGAGCUGCGAUGGGAGGUUAAAUAACUUUCGAUCCGUAGAGUACAUAGGUGAAGAUAAGUUCCAAACUACAUCACAAUCAGAAAAAUGGCGGCUUUUCAGUUUCUUCUCAGUCUUUUCACUUGGAGGAACUUGUUCGUUUUCCUAUUUGGAUUUGGAAGUGGCACCUAUGGGGUCCGUAGCUAUCGAGCGUAUCGGAGGUUAUCCCAUAUCAAAGGCCCUACGCUUGCAGCAUGGUCGAACCUUUGGAUUGUGAGAGCUGUCUAUAACUUGAACACUCACCAACAACUCUACGACGUUACCAAGAAAUACGGUAAGUUGGCAUUUUCUUUGACUAAAAGGAAUUUGGCCUGAUCGUUUUCUCAACAGGUUCGCUGGCGAGGAUUGGGCCUAAUAUGCUUCUUACGAGCGAUGCUGAUGUUAUCCAUCUCAUGAACCGUGCUCGGUCACCAUACACGAAGAGUGACUGGUAUUUGGGUAUUCGGAUCCAACCAGGUCACGACAAUAUCUUAUCUACUAUCGAUGAAACGGAGCACACUCGACGACGGAACCAGAUGGCAAAAGGCGUAGGUUCACUUUCCCAAAUGUAGGCAUAACAACUUACCAAAAUCUAGUAUUCAGGAAAAGAAAACCCUGGCGUCGAAGCCAGGAUCAAUCAUCAUAUUUCCAAUCUCGUCAAAUUGAUUGCAACAAAAUACAUCUCCACCGAGAAAGAAUCGAAACCCAUGGAUUUGGCGAGGAAGGCUCCAUUCUUCUCUAUAGAUGUCAUUACUGACUUGGGGUUUGAUGAACCGUUCGGUGAUCUGACUUCAGAUCAAGAUGUCCAUUCAUAUAUCACGUCUACGGAAGAUACCAUGAGAAUCGUGAUUAUGAUGUGCUCUGUCCCAACUAUCAGCGCUUUCAUCAACACUCCGAUUAUCGGGAACUUGCUUUUCCCGUCGUCUAAGGAUUUGGCUGGUCCUGGGAGACUUAUACGAGGUUCGUAAACACUCUCCAGAUAAAUGAAUGAGUCUCAUCGUAUACUUCUAGUCGCGGAGGAAGUUUCCAGGAAACGAUUUGCUGAGGAUCCUACGGGGACUCGUAAGGAUAUGAUGGGCUCCUUUAUAAGAAACGGAAUGAAAGAAGAUAAUGCUGUUACCGAGAGUCUUGCUCAAAUGUGAGCUCACGAGAUCGCCACUUACCUUUGACUUUCGGCUUAAUAGCUAAUAUUUGCACAGUCUUGCUGGCGCAGACACAACCGCAACAGCAAUUCGAGCGACUAUGUUAUUCAUCAUGACGAAUCCUCGCGUCUACAAACGUUUACAAUCUGACAUCGACAACUUUGUCAAAGAAACCAACCUCCCAAAAGAUCAAAUCAUCUCCAACAAAAGCUCAGAAACACUCCCAUACCUUCAAGCCGUCAUCCGCGAAGGUCUCAGAAUUUGGCCACCCGUCACGGGUCUCUUUCCCAAGGUAACACCUCCUAAAGGGGAUACCAUAAAUGUAAUUUUCAUUCCUGGUGGUACCCAAAUAGGCUACUGCGCAUGGGGUGUUCAUCGCAAUCCCGAUGUCUUCGGCGAGGAUGCAGAUGCUUUCAGGCCUGAGAGAUGGCUAGAAAGUGAUGGGGAGAAACUGGCUAAUAUGAAGAAGACGAUUGAGUUGAUUUUUGGAUAUGGGAAGUAUCAGUGUUUGGGACGGAAUAUUUCGUGGAUGGAGUUGAAUAAGAUUUUCUUUGAGCUUUUGAGGAGGUUUGAGUGGUGUAUUGUUGAUCCUACGAAACCUUGGGUGAGUGGGAAUGUGGGGCUUUGGUUGCAGCAUGAUAUGUGAGUUACAGUAACAGAGAGG